AUGGCUUUGGAUGACCAAAGGUUCAAAGACCAUUGCCUGAUCAUUGUGGGCAAUGGCGGCAAAGCAGAUGAAGUGCUUGCCAAGAGGCGCCUAGCAGCCGGAGGCCGUCUGGCUCAUUUCUUGACGCGCCCAGAUGAUCCCCGGGUCACAUUUUCCGCCUCGGCGGAUGGCUUGGAGUACGACUUCUUCACUUGGCAGCCGCCCAAAGGCACAAUGGGCAUCUCCAGCUUCGCUCGGAAGCUCCAGGGCAAGCCUCGGACGUUUUGGACCAAGACAGGGCCAGAUGGCAUUGAGCUUUCGGAAAAUCAUCACUUGACCAUUCGCUAUGGCAUCACGGGCAAACCGAGGCAUGUGACUUUGACAGAUGAGACGGGCGACAUUUUGGUGGAGAUGUCUGGACAUGUGGUGGUGGAUGCAGACAUGUUGAUCGCUGA